AUGAAAGUCCUCAAUUGGUCACUGGCUUUUGCUGUCGCUGCUGCUAUACCGGCAUUGGCAUCUACAAGCCACGAUGGAUCUUGCGGGAACGGCGUGUCAUGCAUGGGAUCAAACUUCGGAAACUGCUGUGGUCCCAACAACAAGUGCGGCGCUUCCACUGAUUAUUGCGGCUAUGGAUGCCAACCAGACUUGGGAUGGUGUGACGGAACGAAAGGAAGGACGUCCCCGGACCGAACAUGUGUGGAUCAAGCACCGCCCACUGUGGUACAGGAUGUAAAAGCAGUUUCGGCACGUGCAAUGGUUCCGGUAACGCCACAGCAUCGAACAGCACAGCCAACCACACAAUCACCAGAUGCCAAUCUGACAACCUCCGGUGCUUCUUCAACCAUCACCAACAGCGCGAACCUUACGUCUACCGCGAGCACCACAUUGAAUGCGACCAGCUCCAAGGCCUGUACCACCGCAGCAAGUCCUACCGCUAGCUGCGUCCCUUGCGAUGGUCAGGGAGGAAGCCUGCCUUAUUGCGGUGCCGACAUCAGCACGAAUUACUACAAUUUUACCCCGAAGACAUGCAACACGGUCACCUAUAAUUUCGACAUCACGAAUACCACGGCGUCGCCGGAUGGAAUUGAGAGAAUCGUCCUGCUUGUGAAUGGUCAACUGCCCGGUCCUACUAUUGAAGCUAACUGGGGUGAUACUAUCGUCGUCACAGUCAACAACAAGCUACAGAAUAACGGUACUAGCAUUCACUUCCACGGAAUGCGUCAAAACUACACCAACGAGUAUGAUGGAGUUCCAUCCAUCACGCAAUGUCCCAUUGCGCCUGGCGAGUCAAUGACCUAUACUUUCAUUGCAAGCAACUACGGUACAUCGUGGUAUCACUCGCAUUUCGCCAUCCAAGCUUGGGAAGGUGUCUUUGGCCCCAUGAUCAUUCACGGCCCUACUACCCAGGAUUUCGAUGUUGAUGCCGGUACUAUCAUGCUUCAAGAUUGGACGCACGUGCCUGUUGACGAAAUGUACGACGCUGCGGAAGACGCUGUUAACGGUGGACCUCGCACGAUGGACAAUGGCCUCAUCAACGGUGUGAACACUUGGGGCGCUGAUGGAACAAGCAACCAGACCGGUUCACGUUUUGAGUUGUCAACAAAGUUUACCUCCGGGCAGACCUAUCUCCUCCGUAUUAUCAAUGCCGCGAUCCAGUCUACCUACAAGUUUUACCUGGAUGGCCACUCGUUCACGGUUAUCUCCAUGGAUUAUGUGCCGAUAACGCCAUACAAGACGAACAUCUUGAACAUCAACAUUGGUCAACGUUACAUGGUUAUUGUCGAGGCCGACCAGCCUGUCGGUAACUACUGGUUGAGAGCAGAUAACCAGGACGCGUGCGCUUCCACCACACAAGCUCUUGAUAUCAAGGGCAUCGUCCGAUACGAUGGGAGUAACGGGACCACGCCAACUACAACGGCCUACAACUAUACCGGUGAAUGUGUUGACGAGCCGUACGCAAGCUUGGUUCCAUACGUGUCUCUGGAUGCAAGCGAUGAAGAUGAAGAAGACGAGUACGAUAUCACGAUCUCAGCUAACAGUGCCAAUCUCUUCAAAUGGUAUCUGUCGGGCACUACCUUCCAAUCUCAGUAUGACAACCCAACACUCUACCAGUACUAUCAGAACGGAUCGGCCCCGACAUACAGCGGCAAUCUCAUCUUGGAUCUUCCUAACGCAGGUGAAUGGGUCUAUAUCAUUGUCGAGAGCAGUGUCCCUCUUCCGCAUCCCAUCCACUUGCACGGUCACGACUUCUUCGUCCUCGCUGAGGGCAACGGGACCUACGACGACAGCGUGACCCUGAAGCUCAGCAAUCCUCCCCGUCGUGACACCGCUCUCUUGCCAGCGGCUGGCUACAUUGUUCUCGCCUUCCAGACAGACAACCCAGGUGCUUGGCUUAUGCAUUGCCAUAUUGGCUGGCACACGUCCAUGGGCUUCGCGCUGCAGUUCCUAGAGAUGAAGUCGAAGAUUAAGGGUACCAUCACUGACUCGUGCGUCCUAACUGGCACUUGUGACUCGUGGAAUGACUACGCGACAGCGAACAACAUCGAAGUGGAGGACUCUGGUGUUUAAUUUGAGCAUUUCUCAGCGGGCAUGUGGAGACGUUUUCUUUGCACUAUGUUUGUGUUAAAAACCAAAACUUAAUGCCAUAAUACCAUGGUCCGCGCAAUGAGCGGGACUGGCGAUGAAAUGGAGUCUAAGGCCUCGAAGCGACGUUUUGCUGGGCUAAUGGGAUAUAUCCUUCAGAAACCUUUUGGGUGUAAAUAAUACUAUGAAUUGAAAGCCUUGGGCUAGUUUUUGUGUAUGGGAUUUAGAUUUUCCUGAGAGAUAACCAUUCCUGUUGUUGUGAGGGUUUGAGAGGUUCCGGG